UAUGUAGUUGUCAUUCAAUGCUGGGACGUCUGCUUCCUGCUUGGCAGACUCGGAAGAAACUGCUAGUAACAAUAAGUAUUUCAUAUAUAUAUAUAUAUAUAAUAAACCACAAAAAAAAAAACCCAAAAAACCCAAACAAAAAAACAAACAAACGACAAUGUCAGAAUUUGAUGAGUUUGAGAAGCAGCUAAGUGAAAAUCGGCAGGAAAGAGAAAACGAACGUCACAGAAAAAGAAGUCGGAGCAAAUCACAAAGCCGCGGUGAGAAGCAUCGCAGUUGGAGCAAGGACAGGGGCAGUCGUAGCCGAGACAAAAAACGACACAGUCGGGAUCGGAAGAGUAAGAGCAGAGACAUACGGAGCGGGUCAAAGGAACAGAAGAAACAAAGUUACUCUCCACGAAGAUCCCAGAAGAAAAGAUCUUGUAAAUACUGGGAUGUUCCACCUCCAGGUUUUGAACACGUCACACCAGUGCAGUACAAGGCUAUGCAAGCUGCAGGGCAGAUCCCCAGUGCAGCUCUGCUGGCAAACGCCACAGUUAGCGGAGUAGCUGUCACCCCCACCCAGGUGCCGACAGUUGGCAGUCAGAUGACUCGACAGGCCAGACGACUCUAUGUAGGAAAUAUUCCUUUUGGUGUUACAGAGGAGUUAAUGGCUGAUUUCUUUAAUGCUCAAAUGCGUCUCGCUGGGCUAUCGCAGGCCCCCGGCAACCCGGUUCUUGCAGUCCAGAUUAACCAGGAUAAAAACUUUGCUUUCCUUGAAUUCCGUUCAGUUGAUGAAACUACACAGGCCAUGGCAUUUGAUGGGAUAAUAUUCCAGCUUCAGUCUUUAAAGAUCCGGAGACCUCAUGAUUACCAGCCUCUACCAGGGAUUUCAGAACAACCCUCUCUUCAUGUCCCAGGUGUUGUCUCCACAGUUGUUCCAGAUUCUCCAAACAAGCUUUUCAUCGGUGGUUUACCUAAUUACCUCAAUGACGAUCAGGUAAAGGAACUUUUGACAUCAUUUGGUCCUCUUAAAGCAUUCAACUUGGUGAAGGACAGCGCAACAUCUUUGUCUAAAGGUUAUUCCUUUUGUGAAUAUGUUGAUGUCAGUGUUACUGACCAGGCAGUCGCAGGGCUGAAUGGCAUGCAGCUUGGAGACAAAAAGCUAAUAGUGCAGCGAGCAAGUGUGGGGGCUAAGAAUGCUAAUCCGAGUGCAAUCAUUCAGACCCUAGUUACUUUGCAAGUACCAGGCCUCCAGACUUUCCAAAACACAGGAAUGCCAACAGAAGUGCUCUGCCUGUUAAAUAUGGUAAUGCCUGAGGAGCUGGUGGAAGAUGAUGAAUAUGAAGAGAUUUUAGAAGACAUUCGUGAAGAGUGCUGCAAAUAUGGAAGUGUCCGGUCUAUUGAAAUCCCACGCCCAAUCGAUGGUCUUGAAGUGCCAGGCUGCGGCAAGAUCUUUGUGGAGUUUGUUUCAGCAUCAGAAUGCCAGAAAGCCAUGCAAGCACUCACGGGCCGAAAAUUUGCCAACAGAGUGGUUGUUACAAAAUACUAUGAUCCGGAUAUGUAUCACAGACGUGAAUUCUAAAUGCUGUGCUAGGUGUGCACUAGAUCCCCAUCCUUUACUAAAGCACACAAUUUAAUGAGUUUAGAGCUUUCUUCCUACAGUGUACUUUCAUGAUUAGUACUAUUAAAAAAAAAAAAAAAAAAAAAAAUAGUAAUAAUAAUAAUUGAAUCCAUUCAUGUGCUGUGAAUGACUUGUAAUGAAAUGGUUUUAAUUCAACACUUUGUUGGUGGCAACAUUGCCCCACCUGUCAUGGGUUUAUCAUGUUUCUCAGAUUGGUAAAGAUAUGCAUUCACCUUAUUCCUUUUAAACAAGGCAUCAACUUGCAUAGCCGAUGUGAUUCUUUUUACAUGUAUCUGUACACCUUCCAAAAUUUGACCACAAGCAGCCAGGAAUUAAAGCUUCUUAAAACUGUGUCUACACUCAAAAUGAAAGGACUAUUUAAGCUAUAUAGCAUGACAAGGUGUGUGGAUAUCGCCCUUCCGUGUCUUCAACCCUGUCAUGACUGAUUUUUUUUAUUUUUAUUUUUUUAUUUAUGGUUUACAGUAAUUUAUCCAGAAGACAAAAAAAGGUUAAAAAAUGUGGUUAAAAGAAUGCAAUAAAAGAGCUUAUGUUAUUAAUGUUAUUAAUUUAUUUUUAAAAACAGUUCCUCUGUACCUAAUUUCCACUAUCAGCGGUUCCCUUCAGUCAUUCAAACUGGGCCUCAGUGCUUAUCAUCUAGGUCCUUCAGUAACUGGUGUAUCAUACAGAAGAUGACCUUGUUCAAGCUUCUGUUUGAGACUUAAUAACUUUCUACCAGUGUUUUUAUCAAGAGACAUUUGAUAAGUCAAAAUAAUAAUAAAGGCAGUUGGAUAAUUAGACAAAAUAAGAAGGUUGCCAGUUAGGUUAGGUCAUUUAAGCAUAACUUAAACACGACUGUAUAUAGCCUCUGACCAAACUGAACAGCCUUGAAUGAAGCUGACAGGGAAAGUGAAACACACCCAACAAUUCCUUGAGAGUGAGGAUUUGCUGCCUGUUGUGUGUAAAGGAGUAGGGGCCACACAGGUAAGCUUGAAGGGAAUGUAUAUAUCACAAGAGGAGAAUUCAUUUGACAUGCCAUUGUUACAGGGAUGCCACUGCAUGACCAGUAACCCUCCCCUAGCAACUUUCAGAGGAAUUUAAGAAUGGGAGUGACGGGAUUAAUUGUUUUACGUAAUUGGGCAUACUCAUUCCGACAUCCUGCCUGUAAAAUUAAAGCCCUUUUAUAAUUUUGAAUGAAUAAUUGCUCUUUCAGUAGGUGUUCUAUGACAGUAUAGGUCUGUGGGGAAAUAGUUUUACUUUUCCAUUAAUGGAGCAGAAUGUUCUUCCCAGUGUUCAGGUACAGCGGCUUUCUCGUUUCGUGACAUAUUAUCACUAUUUGCUUGUGAGUGCAGGUUUGACAAGCUUUCAAAAAAACAUAGCAUUGCCAAGCCUUGGUUAAAUGAUCACACAUUUAUGUCAACAUUUCUGGAAUGUAAAGCAAAGAUCUAAAUUAUAGUUUUCCAUUGCAACACACAAUGUAAAAUGUGAAUUAAGGGUUUCGGUUUAUUUUGUUACAACACAUGGUGAAAUAUUGUUAACCCAUUGGUUCUCAAAUCAUAGAAGUGAUGAGACAAAAUUAUUUCAUAGGGUUUGCCAUGAGAAUGUUUGUUUAAAACCACCUAUAAUAGUUUAAUAUUACAAAAUGGUAAAAAGCUACAGCAAUGGUGGUUUGAGGUAGUUGGCAAUGUGAACAAAGUGGUAUUUCUUUUUCUGUUUUUUUAGGAACAAGGGAUCAAGCCUUAUUCUUGAGGCAUGUUUAUGUUGAUUGCUCCUGUCUGUAUGUUCACUGUCACAUCAACAUGAUUGUCUAUCUCUGGGUCUCCAUUUUGCCAACUUUAAUUGCCUUGUAUCACCCUUUUGAGACUGUGUUGGGUGACCUUGAUCUCAGCCUUACAUCCAAUGUGGCAGUUUUACAAUGUUUCCCAAACAGCUGAAUGGAUUUCUGUCAAUAUUUAGUUUAGUAAAUACCCAUUAUAUAAAUGUUUGUUGAUUUUUGUUGAGCAAAAUAGCCAGCUGAAAGCUUUCUUUGUUUGUUAUUUCAUUUACGUUUAAAUUAAAUUCUGUUCAUGGUUACUUUUAAAAGGUUGAAUUCA